AUGAAUAAAAAUUCAUCAUAACAGGAAGUUUACAAAAUCAUUUUAGUAGGCAAUUAAGGAGUAGGAAAAUCAUCAAUAUUACUCAGAUAUACUAAGGAUCUAUUCAAUAGAGAAUAUAAUGUUACAGUUGGGCUUGAGUUUGCAAGUAAAAAGGUGACUAUUCAUGAUAAUGCAUUGACUCUCUAAAUUUGGGAUACUGUAAUGUGCUUUAUUUAAAAAAACUCUAGGCAGGUUAAGAAGCAUUUAGAAGUAUCGCUAGAUCAUUUUAUAGAAAUUCUGCUGCAAUCAUAAUUGUAUUUAAAUUGACGAGGUUUAUUUUCUUAUAAAUAUAAAAGUCGUGAUUCUUAUCAAAGUAUUACAGGAUGGGCGAAGGACAUCUUAGAGAACAGUGACCAAGGAGUUGUAAUUUCUUUAGUGGGAAAUAUGAUUGAUUUGGAAGCAGAAAGAACUGUGACCAAAGAGGAAGGGCUACAAAAGGCUGAGGAAAUAAAUGCAUUGUAUUUUGAAACUUCUGCUGCAACUGGCUAAAAUAUUGAUGAUGUAAUAUUUAAAUCAAAUAAGGCGAUUAGAUUUUUAUCUAAACUCUAGAAAAAGUCUCAAAAUAACUCAAUUCUAUUAGAACUAAUUCUGAAUAAAAUGUUCGAGAUUCUAUAAUUUUGUCAUAAAAAUAUUCAUCGCAACCAGAGAUAAAUUAAAAACAAACUGAUAGCACUAAUAAAAGCUGUUGUUGA